AUGGAAGAAGAUCAUAUAUCAACUGCUAGAUUUUCCGCUGAUCCAGAAAACGCUAUAGUAUCUUAUAUUUAGACAUCCACCAAAGAUUUCCCUAAUAUACCCAACGAUUCAAGCAAACUAACCUUAGAAGAAAAUGAACGAGUAAGUAAAACUAAGGCAGUCUCAUCUAAAAAUCCGAAAAAAGUCAUCAAGAAAAAUCAAGACCCAUCUGACAAGAAUCUAUCAAAACCAGCACCUUAAUCCUUUAAACUGCCUAAAUAAAAACCUUUUAUCCAAGAAUUUCGAACUCAGCCCAAAACGAAGUCGUAAAAAAAGCCCAGAUUUGCUUAAAAGCGAAAAAUCUCGUCUUCCAAAAAUAAAAAAAGAAAUAUCACCUGGGUCUAUGAGAUAUUUAGAAAACUCUAUAGAUUACUCAAACUCAGUAUUAAAAAGGAGGUCAGAAUCAAAUCCUAAAACCGGCAGAUCUUCAUCAACGUUUGAUCGAAGUACAGCUUCAAGGGAGCAAAGAGGAAAUUUUUCACCGAUUGCUAAUAUGAACAAGUUUGAAUUAGAAAGCUAUAGAGCACAACAAAUUGCAAAAAAACUCCAGCUUCCUGAGCCUGAUUUAUACAAUUUUCCAAGAAUAGUGAGGACACUUAGUUCUAAUAAAAACAAAGCAAUUGUGUUUGGCGCACCUCCAAGUAAUGCGCCUGUAUUAUCUAAUGAAGCUCCUGAAAAUGAUUUUUCUUUAAAUUUUAGAAGAAGAAUUAAAGAAAAAAUCGUAAGCGAUAUUUAUUGUAUUCUGAAAUAAGAAUAGAAUGCUUUUAAUGCUUAAAGCUCUUACUCUUUUAAUAUAGCAAUAAAGUACUAGACUAGGCAAUAAUGCACUUAUUUUGGAUAUAGAGCUUAGUAAUUAA